AUGAGCAGUGCAAAUGUUCGAACGGAUUGUUUCUUCAAUUUAAGCACUGAGGAGCGAAUUGAUUUGUUUAAGAGGAGACGCUCGCUGCUGCUUGAAACGGUCUACCGGCUCUACUAUGGGAAAUUGAUGCUCCCAAUGGCAAUGCUGGGUGUCAUCCUGACUACUCUAUACCUUGCCUCCUCCUACAAAGCGAUUUGCUCGCGACGAGUUUCUCGUAAAUGCUACGUUCUGCUAUUCAAUCGAGCGAUUGGCGAUAUUUUGUCGUGUCUCGUCGCGCUGGCUACUGUAGUCUAUGUGCUGUUCGCGCACGAAGUCAAUCGUGAUGUCGUUUUCCUCUUCGAGUCUUUCUUCAUCGGCUCCUUUUGGUCAGCAAUGGUCUCCUACACGUGUUUAUCGAUGCUGAAAUUGUACGCUGUCUGGAAACCGCUCGACUAUCGUCGGAUGAUCACGAUGAAGCGAUGCAUUUACGUCAUCGUUUUCAGCUGGCUAAUGUUUAUGGCGAUUUGUGUGAUCACGCUUGGGGUGACCGCUCUUGUCAAAGUGCCAACAUUGAACGACUGGAGUGGCUGCAAAAUGGAAACGUGUCUACGGACGAUGUACCGAACACGGAAUUUCGCGACCGUUUGCAUCUACUUGUGGACGAUUUUCGUCUUUAUCAUCACAGUGCUUCUCAUAAAACGAGCCGAGGCAUUCAGCAAUUCGUUUAAAACCCGAGAUUAUUCCACGUCAUCACAAGAAACGACAAUGACAAUGAAAACGAUAAAACAACAAAGAAACGGCAUGCCGAGGGCACGAUUUCCCCUUUGGAAACUCGGCCUUCACAUUCUCACAUUUGCCGGUUUAAACGUUUUCUACGUGGUUUGGUGCGUCGGUCUCGUUCUCAACACGGACCAGUGCUAUUUCCAGCGAAAUUACGCCGAAAUGAUGCGAAUUUUGGGUUGUGUGAGGUUAACCCUCGUCUUGCGCAUCUGUCUCGACCCAUUGCUCUCGUUUCUCACCGAUUUUCAGUUACGGCGUUGUUUCCUGCAGAUGCUCGGUAUUAAACACAAGAUCUCUUUCACCUCUCCAUCAGGGAUUCUCAAAAGGGAAGCGUUUACGAAUGAGGAAUCGACUGAUGGUCAACAACAUAAAAAUCAUCAUGAUCGAGUGGACUGCGUCUCCUCAUUCGGCACUCAAAGUACCUCGCUUUCGCCGUCUCAUUGCGAGAUCGCGAAAAGUGGGUCGACGAGGACGACAUUU